GACAGAUUUAUUAAAAAUCCAACCAAUCAGACAAAAGCCUCACACCUCUCUAUUGGGAUCUGAAUCUUCACUUUCUCUGAGAUUCUUUUGUACGAAGAAAAAAAAGAACAGAGGAGAAGAAGAAGAAGAAGAAGAAAAAUGCCGCAUGGAACGCUUGAAGUUGUUCUUGUCAGUGCCAAAGGUCUCGAGGAUUCUGAUUUUCUGAAUAGCAUGGAUCCUUAUGUGCUCCUCACAUGCCGGACUCAAGAUCAGAAGAGCAAUGUUGCAUCAGGACAAGGCACAACUCCGGAAUGGAACGAGACAUUUAUCUUCAAUGUCUCUGAAGGAACUACAGAGUUAAAAGCCAAAAUCUUUGACACAGAUGUUGGCACGGAGGAUGAUCCCCUUGGUGAAGCAACUAUUUCACUGGAGGCGGUUUUCUUGGAAGGAGAUAUCCCACCAUCUGCAUACAAUGUGGUGAAGGAUGAAGAGUUCAAAGGCGAGAUCUGGAUCGCACUAUCCUUCAAACCUUCGGAAAACCGAAGCAGGGGUUUCGAAGAGGAGUCUUAUGGAGGCUGGAAAAACUCUGAAGCAUCUUACUAAAGAGAAAUAACAUCAAAUACUCUUUAAUUUGUUGUCUUGGGAAUAAAAUGUUGAGCUAACCUGUGACACCCGCC